AUGAACGAGGAUAAUCAUACAGAAAAUUUACGUCAAGUCUUUGCUUCAUGCACGAAGAUGUUAAAUUAGAGAAACAAAUUGACCCAGGGAGCACUUUAAGAUGCCCAGAAUGUAUUUAACAAACCAUGGAAUCUCAGAGACUUCGUCGUUCUCUCCUUAGAGAAGAUUGGAGAUGGCUAUGAAGCAUCGGCCGACAGCUUGAGAUCAAGUAUUACACGUAAAUAAGAUGAUGGAGAGCCUCAAACCGUAGCUGAAGGACUUGCUUUAGGCACAAAAUCUAUGCUAAGCAAUAUAUUCUCUGCAGUGGCUGGCGUUGUUGCAGAACCUUUGCUGGGUGCCUAAGAGGGAGGACUUACUGGUGGAGCUGUAGGAUUGGGUAGAGGAAUUCUGGGUCUUGUCUGGUCUCCAGUAAAAGGCACUAUUGAUUUAGUUACAUAAACAUCAAAGGGCCUCUCUAACACUCCAAAAACUAUGUAUGUGGGUUUCAAUAGGAUGAUCAAAAGAGUAUCAAAGGAUGAAUUGUCUUCAAGAAAUCCUAAUGAGCCAAUUACUAAAACCUUUAACCCUGAAGAUCACGUAUUGCUAGGAGAAGAAAAUGGAUAACUUAUUUACAUUAACAAAAAGAGGUUAAGAGAGUAAAUUAAUAGCAGCUAAGUCUUAAGCGAUCUUAUGUACGAAAGUGAGAAAUUCAUGAACGAAGAUGAAUAGAUUAAGAUGAGAUCAGUUAUCAUGAGACAGAGAGAUCUACUGAAGCGAAAAGAACAGAAACUUUAAAAAGAGGCCUCAAAAAAGGAUCAGAUUAAGACAAUUACUGAGGAACUCUUAAAUAAGUUGAAUGAAAGUAAUUAGCAAUAGUAGAGACCCCCACAAGAGGAUGAGACUUCAUCAGUAGCAAACGAAGGUUCUGAGACAUCUUCAGUUGCAGAGGAGAGAGAAAUUCAUGCCAAGCUUUAGAAAAUUCUCUAAAUCAUUUAGGAUAAAGAUACUUCAUAAUAGAAGCGAGAUGAUAUUCAAAUAUCUCAAGAUGUCUUAGCCGAGCAAUCAAUUCUAAUGGAACAAAGAUUUAUAUAGGAGAUAUUUGACGAGGCUUAAGGAGAUGAUGUUUAGCUGUACCUCAUAUAGGCAUCUUAACUACAAGGUAUUGUUAAUUAAGAUGAGAAAUGGGAAUUCGAUAACUUUUACAAUGAACUCAGAAGAGCUAAUAGAUAAGGUUCUUAUGAGGAAGAGAAGAAGUUCGGCAAACAUCCAGAAGAUGCUGCUCCAAAUGGAGGUAUCCAUCUUAAGGAUACUGAACUUAUCCAUAGACUUAGAUCUAGUGGUAAAGAGAUGCUAAAAACAAUAGGCAAAAAGAUUAUGAGCGGAAGCUUCAAUUUAACUACUGUCAGCUUCCCAAUCAAAUGUAUGUGCGCCAAGAGCACUCUUGAAAGUAUUGGUGAGCUUGCUGGAAUAAAUCCAAUCUAUAUUAAUGCAGCUGCACUUAGUCAAGAUCCCAUUGAAAGAAUGAUUCUAGCUAUUACCUCAUCAAUUGCUUAUUUCUACCCUACUCACAUGUUUGAAAAGCCAUUAAAUCCUAUACUCGGAGAAACAUUCCAAGCUGAAGGCCAAGAUGGCACGAAAAUAUAUGUUGAACAGACUGAGCAUAGACCUCCAGUUACCAACUUCCUAUAUGAGGGGCCAAAUAGUCUGUAUAGGAUGUAUGGAUACAGUAGCUUUGUUGCCAAGGCUUGGAUUAAUUCAAUAUCCUUGAAAGUUGAUGGAAGAAAGACACUUGAAUUCGCAGAUGGAUCUAAAAUUGAAUGGAAUGUCCCAGGAGAUUAGUUCAACAGCAUUUUUAUGGGAACUAUCGUGCAUCAAGUUACCAACAAAAUCGAAUACCAUUACAAAGCUCACAACAUUUAUGCUUUCAUUGAUAUCGGCAGUGUGAAGAAAAAGCCUUAGGAUCAAUUUGUUGGAGAAAUUCAUUGGAAUGGAAAGAAGCUUAUCGAUAUUUCUGGCAACUAUAUGGGUUAUAUCGAUAUUGGUGGAGUUCGUUAUAUGGACUUAAGAGAGAUGGACAAGUUCUACUUCCCAGUAAGAUUCAAAUUUGAUAAUUAACAUUUCUAGAUUUAAUCAGUUGACCCAGCAAUUUAACUUGAGUCAGACUCUCUUAAAAGACCGGAUUCUGUUAAUUUAAAGAGAGGAGAUGUCAAAGAAGCUUAGAAACGUAAAGACUAGCUAGAAGUUGAAUAGAGACAUGAUAGAAAACUCAGAGAAACUUGCGAAGCUAGAAGAAAGAAGAAGGGCGGCAAGAAAUUCGGAAAUCUUUAUUGA